AUGUCCUCCAUCUCAAACCGCAUUGAGCAGAUUAGCAGCUCGAAACCCGGCGCCAAGGACUAUAUCAACUAUCUGCACUCGCUGUCGGCCGCCGCCGAUCUCAUUUCCUACGCCAAAGCCAUCAUCCAAAUUCCCGAUGGUGCCAUUGUGGCUCGCCCGGUGCUGGCGGAGUUUGUCAGCUACACAAAGGGGUUGGCGGACGCGCGAGAAGAGGUGUUAAUCGCCACUCUCGAUGUUCUCAAGGAAAAAACCAUCAUUUUCGAGGAGCAGGAGUUUCUGGCACGAGAGGCACUGGCCGAAGUGUACGAGCAGAAAAACGAGUUCACCAAGGCCGCACGAGUGCUACAAGGCAUGCGGCUGGACUCGGGACAACAGCAUAUCACCGACGACCAAAAAGUAGCCGUGUAUGUGCGGAUUGUGCGCAUGUUGCUGGAGGAUGAAGACGACGCAGGAGCAGAGACUUAUCUUAACAAGUGCGCCCUGCUGAUCCACAAGUGCAACGACCCCGCACAAAAGGUGCAUUUCAAGCUAUCGCAAGCGAGAAUUUUCGAUACCCGACGCAAGUUCCUAGACGCUACACGAAAGUACUACGAAAUGUCACUGGAGGAGGCCGUGGAUGCUGACGACAGACUGCAGUGUCUGCUGGCGGCCUCCAAGACUGCCAUUCUGUCUCCCGCAGGGCCCCUGAGACAGAGAGUGCUCACUGCGCUCUACAAGGACGAAAGAAGUGUCCAGCUGCCUACGUUCAAGGUCCUUGAGCAGCUGUACGAGAACCGAAUUCUGGACCAGGAGGACGUGAAGCAGUUUGCCGAAAUGCUGGAGCCGCACCAGCUGGCUCUCAUGGGCGACGGAGUGACAGUUCUGCACCGAGCGGUGCUGGAACACAAUCUGUUGGCCAUUUCUAGAGUCUUUUCCUGCAUCUCUUUUCCCAGAGUUGCAGCCUUGUUGGGCAUGGAAUUGACACAGGCAGAGGACACAAUCGCCAACAUGAUCAUUCAGGGCAGACUAAGUGGACGCAUUGAUCAGGUGUCGGGAUUUGUCUACUUUGAUUCGGAGAAGAGCAAUCUUAAUGUCAGACAGAAGGCGUUGGUAAGGUUGGAUGAGGUAGCAGAGAGAAUUGCUGCAACUAGCAGAGAUGUUAGGAUUUACUAG